CCAUCAAAGGAGAAGCAUGCCAACAAUACAGUCGAUGAGGAGUUCCUCAGUCAUGCUCGAUACCUUCAACAAAUGGUUGUGUACAAGACCUUGAAGUACGGCAUCAAAAACGGAGAUAUAGGACUCAUCGACCGAGUCAUUGGUGUCUGUUGCUUUUACUUCGAGGGGACUGGACAAUCAAACUACGCAUUCGAAAUGCUCUAUCUAAAACGGCUCACCAGCACCAAAGCUUGUGAUAAGGAGCUUCGGCGCGCAAUACUCUCGAAUAGCCUCGUUAAUCCACAUGGCUGUCGGGACACUUGGCAAGAAGUCGAUCGUAGCCUUGAAUAUCUGAACCUGGAGCUGAAAAGAGAGCUUUGGGCCCGUCGAACGUCGACUUUCGGAUUAGAUGCACUGUUUAAGACUACCUCGUUAACAGCAGAAUACACUGUUUUCCUACGCAAGACGAUAGAGAAAGCAUUUGCGCGGAAGGAAAGCUCCAAGCAUUCCGUGCCCUCUCCAGUGGAUGAUAUUCAUAUACUGGCAUUUGAAUUG